AUGGAGGAGCUGAAACACAGAGGGAAGAAAAGGGAGGGUCGACACAGAGAUACUUGGGACCCUUUCCAGUUAAAUCCUAUUGGUGCUGAGAAAGAACAACAGAGGAGAUGCUUCACUUUGGGACAACACCUGGUGGCAUUAAUUGUGGGGCUAUUCGUCCUGACAACUGCCAUUAUCAGCAAGGGUUCUCUGCUGGUACUUUGCAUGCUGUCCAGCCCUGCUUCGCUAAGAGGAAAAGACCAGCAAUUUUACAUUCUCAUGCUGGUAUUCUGUUUGGUUGUUCCAAACCUACUGAUGUUCUUGAAGUCACUGUGGAAAUGUGCUUUCAAGAAUUUUGUUACCCCAAACAUGAAGACCAUGGGACUUAUGUGCACGAUUGAAGCCCUGGUAUCACUGGGGACAUCACUUCUUGUGCUCGUUGUGAUGCCACAGUUUGAUGUUCUCACCAACCUUUUUAGUACUGGAGGAAUUUGCUUUCUUUCUGCACUUUUGCAGGUUGUGUUUCGCUUACAAAGAGAGAGUUGGAAAAUUAUCUUUCCAAUUUGUUCUCUGAUUCUUGCACUGACAGGCUACAUUCUUUUAUCAGUAGAUUAUUAUGUACGAGUUACGACUUUCGUUGACAACCAGAAAGAAAGUUGCUAUGUGUACGUUGCAAUUGCUCUCUUUGCAUCUGUGUUGGUAUCACUCAAUUGGUGGGAGAACCCUAUGCAGGCCAGCAAUAACAUUCAGGAGAUGCUUACUGAAUUAGAUGGGUUCAGAGAUUUUGUCUUCGUGAUUUCCAGCCUUUUGAGGAUGGUGAUUAUCGGUGCUGUCUAUGCAAUUCACUCUCACUUUGUUCAGGGUAUUAAUUGGUCAUACUUCAAUGAUGUUCCUCAGGAUGCACUAAACCUGGGCAUUGGAAUAUUGUUACUCCAAGCCUUUUCCUCUGCCAUAUGCCACUGGUUUGGGGUGGUGGCAUGUAAAAUUCAUGCAGUCCGUUUUAGCUUUGCCCUCCCUCUUUCAUGCACUGGGCCUGCAGUCCUCAUUACAGGCAUUGCACUCUUUCUAGCACAAGCCAGUGACCUACAUGACGGUGCCGCAGGAAAUUUCACAACCUUCUGUUCCAGCUUAAAAAACAUUGCGUACAAGAAUACCACACAAAUCAUAUUGGCUGAAAUAUCCAACAGCAUUUGUAGGACGACACUAAAUAGCCACUAUGAGUCUUGGCCCUUUGCAAUGCUAGCCCUAGAGGGAGUGUGUAUGUGGCUUGCACUCAUGGCUUCUACAUACCACGUGUGGAGGAUCAAAGUUCAGAGGAUAGAGCGGACAACCCAGCUGUUUGUUCGCCGGCUGUACGAGUCUGCGUUCAUUGAUCAGUCUAUGUUGCUGAACACCAAAAUGAAGGUUGUGAGAGCAAGGAACCAAGAAAGUCAUGAUGAACUUGAAAGUUGUGUCAUAUACCUUUGUGCAACUAUGUGGCAUGAAACAUAUGAUGAAAUGCUUAAGAUCCUCACAUCAAUGUUUCGGUUGGACCGAUACAGAGGAGAUCCAAAAGAAGAACAUAAAGAUAAUUUUGACUUUGAAUGCCAUAUAUUUGUGGAUGACUCUUUUCGGACAGACAAAGAAACGGGGAAACAGUUUGUCAAUGAGUAUGUGAAUGAUCUCAUCCAUGUGGUCAUAGAAGUGUACAGGGUGUUUACAAACAAAGAACCAGACGAUGUGUCCAUUAUUGAAACACCAUAUGGUGGACGAUUAAUGUUUGUGAUGCCAGAGGGAAAUAUGUUGUACAUUCAUCUCAAAGAUAAACAACUUAUCCGAAACAAAAAGAGGUGGUCACAGAUAAUGUAUUUGUACUAUUUACUUGGCUGGAAAGGCUACAUUGUCAAAAAUCCUCAAAAAAUAACGAGGCAGAACAACCCAUGCCGUGCAAGUCUUAUAUCCCUGGACGGCGAAAGUUUCCUCUUGCCAACUCACGACAAUGACAACAAGAGGAGGUAUAUAUCAGAUGACAACACAUACAUCAUGGCGUUGGAUGGGGAUACCGACUUCCAUCCCUCUGCCUUAAUCUUGCUGGUCGAUCGCCUUCGAAUGUAUGAAAAUGUAGGCGCAGCCUGUGGAAGAAUCCAUCCAACGGGAAUGGGACCAAUGGUGUGGUAUCAGAAGUUUGAGUAUGCUGUGGGACAUUGGCUUCAGAAAACAGCUGAGCAUGUCUUUGGAUCUGUCCUCUGUAGUCCUGGAUGCUUCAGUUUAUUUAGAGGCUCAGCACUAAUGGAUGACAAUGUCCUGAAAAGAUACACUACAACUGCCACCAGAGCGUCUGAAUAUGUCCAAUAUGAUCAAGGAGAGGACCGCUGGCUUUGCACUCUUCUGCUACAGCAGGGCUGGAGGGUAGAGUACAAUGCAGCCUCUGAUGCCUACACCAACGCCCCUCAGGAGUUCAAAGAGUUCUACAACCAGAGGCGCCGCUGGGGACCCUCCACCCUGGCCAACACUCUGGAUCUCCUGCACAGUGGAAGAGAAACAGUCAAGAGGAACAGCUCUAUCUCCAUGCUGUACAUUAUAUAUCAGAUCUUCACCGUGGGCUCUUCAAUUCUGGGACCUGCUUCUGUCAGCUUGAUGAUAGCCGGUGCUUUCCAGUUUGUGUUUAAGAUGGAAGGAACCCUUGCAAUCAUAGUCUCUGUCAUCCCUCCUGUUGUAUACAUGCUUAUAUGCUUCACAUGCAAACCAAACCUCCAGAUCACCAUUGCGGCUAUUAUGAGCGUUCUGUAUGCCUUCCUGAUGACUGCCUCCCUCUUCUCCAUAAUAGGUGACAUGGUUAUCCAAGAGACCUUCAUCACACCAACCGGAAUCUUCUUGGUAUCCAUGAGUAUCCUGUAUGUUGUUACAGCUAUACUUCAUCCCCAGGAGUUCAGUUUGAUUAUCUAUGGACUGAUGUAUUUCAUCUGCAUCCCCAGUGGAUAUCUCCUGCUCACCAUUUAUUCACUGGUCAAUAUGCACAUUGUGUCCUGGGGAACGCGUGAAUCAAACAGGGACAAAGUGGAGGGGAAAGGUGUUGGUGUUCUGUGUGACCGCAACUGCAAACUCUGUUGCUGGGAUUUGAAGUUUCAAGUCACCCAGGAGACAACAAAUGUGGCUUUGCAGCAAAUACAGAAUGCUCUCAAUCAAAAUACAAAAGCUGACCAAAGGAUCAUUGUGCAAGAACAGCUUCAAAGCCCGCAGGAAAAUAUUAGCAAUGCUCAACCAGAAAAGCACGCCUUGGAAAAUAAUUACCAGACCAUUCAACCCCAGAUGUCCAACUCCAAGCGUAGACUGUCUGACACCAAAGUGGCCACCAGAGAUGAGAGUGACAGUCGUUCUAUUAAAAGCAGUGACAGUGAUGACAGCACUGAUGUAGACGAUGACUAUGAAAGCAGUGACGAUGAAGUUCCACCCACAGCCUGGGUAACUCCUGUUAAAACGGAAUUCCUAAAGAAACUGACAUAUGCCAAUAUGAAGAGGAACCUGCAGGAGCAGAUCCGCUACUCUCUGAGGAACAAGAAUCAAGAGGACGUGUGUGAAGAGCUGGUGAUGAUGCUGACCGACACAGUUAAUGGAGAACUGAAAGACAAGGUGGGCCCAGAGGAUGUGCUGACAGACAGCCAGCUGGAGGAGCUGCAGUAUGCUCUGAAUGAGACUGCCAGGAGAAUCCUCAAAACUAACCGCAUGGAGAGACUGGAGAGGAGGGUGAAACGUGCUAUUGAAAAAACACUGAUCGCUCCUCAGGUUGAGAAGCUGACUGAGGAUGAACAUGACUUCUGGAAGAAAUUGUUAGAAAGGUAUCUGGCACCGAUAGUGGAUGAGAAAGCACAUAAGGAUGAGGUAACAAGGGAACUGAAGUCCCUAAGAAACAAGGCAACGUUUCUGUACUUCAUUUUGAAUGUCUUGUGGGUUGUGGCCACUUUCUUCCUUCAAGCAAUUGGUGACACAAUCAGCAUCAAGAUUCCCAAGUAUUAUCCAAAUGGCACAAAAUCUGAUGAAACCAUGAAUGUGGAACCUCUGAGUCUGAUGUUUCUCCUGUCAUUCGCCGUCCUUCUACUCGUUCAGUUCCUGGCUAUGCUUUACCACAGGAUUUACACCCUGAUCCAUGUGGUGUCCUACAGAAGCACAGAAAAAGACUACAAGGUCAAUGAUGAUGAGGACGACGAUAUUCUGACGCUUGAAAACCAUAUUGCAAAUGGUCUUGUGAUCACCACUGAUGACUUGUGAGACUGUUGAUGAUUUUAUUGUUACUGGCUUCUCUAUAAAUCAUGGAUGAUCUCAUUAUAGUGUGGAAUAUGGAAUAAUGUGGAAUAAGCCCGCUGCACAGAGCCAUUUUUGUGUUAGUAAGUUUACAAUUCUCAAUUCUUAAUUCUACAAUUCUCAGGUUAAUGUCACUGUCUUACUCAAGCAUAAUGCCUGUUAUGAUCUUCAAACUGCAAAAGAUUUAUGCUGAAUAGUGACAUAUGUCAUUAUUUUAAUGGGUAGGAAAGCAGUAGUUAAACACAACUCAAGACCAGAUUUCAGCUGUAAACCAGUCUAUUGCCCACAGCGUCUUUAGUACUCUUACAUCCAUGUAAUUUAUUUAUUUAGUGGACGUGACUUUCUCUGUUUGUAUACUAGAGCCAAAGAUAGGUUAAGAAUGAUUAUUCUUACAGGUAUUAGUACCUGAAGUGUCCUAGAAUAAUAAGUGAGGAGGGACAGAUAUGAAAGCACUUUACUUGGAGAGCAAUAAAAUUGAAAAGAGACAGAGGCGGUGGUUACUCUUUUUCUGUGAUCUUCCAGUGGCUUAAACUGAUGUAUUGGU